AUGGAAGCCAACCAAACCCCAAGAAGCAUGCCCAUGGUGCCGACGAUGCGCCCCCGCCUCCCUUGGCGAGUCCAUCACCGAGACGGAGGCGCUCUUUUGGCCGGCCUAGCCAACCAAACCCUAAGAAGCUCGGUCAUGGCGCCAACCACGCGGGAAGAGGUGUCGGGAUCCAUGGAGGCCCAACCGGAAGCCGCACCGCCAUCGCAGCGAGGCAAGAGGAAGAAAACCUCCGCGGAUUCGUCGCCCGCAGCAUCUCAACCAGGCAAGAGUGAAGCCUUGGAGCCGUCCGAGAGCGAGAGGCGGAAGAGAACCCACAAGAGCGACGACGAGAAGAAAGCCACCACGAGCAAGGGUGAGCAGGCGGCUUCGGCUUCACCGAGCGCAUUGGACGCCUCUUCCUCCUCGUCCUCUACGGUCAGCUCUCCCCUGCGUCGGCCUCAUUCCCCUGCCUGCCUCCGAGAAUUUACACAUGACGAGGGCCCUGAGGUUGUGGCUGCCAUUGAAGCUUAUGAGGAGUUGGAAUCCAAGUACCUUGCGAAAUUAAAGCGCCAACAGGAGCUCGUAACACUUGAUCCGUCUAUGCCUUAUUCGUGUAUGGUAAAUGCGGACUUGCAGCGUGUUCGUGAGUCUGCAACAAAAACAGUUCUCCAAGUGGCUAAAGUUAUUCUUCGCUUUUCAUCCUUUAUUGACGGUAAACUGAUGGCACAAUCAUCUGGCUUUUUAAUUGAUUGGGAUGAGGGGACUAAAGAGGGCACUGUUCUGACAUCUGCGCGCAUAAUCUGCUCAAAAUAUACAGUCCGAAGCCAGUGGUCAGGUACAGAUGAGUAUGCACCUAAUGCUGAGGUUGUUGCUUAUUUAUUGGAUCAAGAUGAUACUACUGUACCUGCACACUUGCUUCAAUAUGACAAGCACAUCAAUAUUGCCUUGUUUAAGGUUGAUAUAGACUUGUGUGCUAAGAUUCCUACCUUCAAUAAUGAAGUGUUCUAUGGUCAAGACAUAUUUGUGCUUGGUAGAGACGAAGAUCUAAAUUUGACUGUGCAUCAUGGAUGUGUUCAAUUUAUGGGCCCAACUACAUAUGAACGUCAUCACCAUUUGUUCACUGGUUGUGUGAUUAAGCAGGCUAGCAUUGGAGGACCCGUUAUUGAUUUUAAUGGGCAAGUUUUGGGGAUGGCUAAUUUUCCAGGAACAGCAUUUAUCCCUUGCUCUAUUAUAUUGAAGUGCUUGGAUAUGUGGAAAAAAUUUCAGUGUAUCCCUCGGUUGCAUAUUGGGAUGAAGCUUUCAGCCAUUAAAUAUCUAGAUCCAAUUCGUGCGGAGAAGAUCUUCCGUAAGUGUAAUGUCGAUUCGGGUCUAAUAGUUAUUGAGGUGUCACAUGGAUCAAUUGCUGAGGAACUAGGAGUUAGACCUGGUGAUAUCAUUUACUCCAUGAACGGAGAGUGCAUUGCUACCACAGUGGAGUUGGAGAACUUAAUUAUGAGAAUAUGCGGGACUUAUCUUGAACAAGGAGGAGCCAUCGGUUCCUGCAUGGACAUACCAGUUGGUAUAUUGCACAUGCGGAAAGGUCGCAAAGGUCCGAGUCGCACUUUAAGCCUGAUAUUAAAUGUAUCAGAUGACGUAGAGGUGUUCAAAAGUGGUAUGCGUCCUUUCAACUAG